UUGACCAAGUGUCAUCUUGCGUUUCAGGAAAAUAAAAUCAUAAGUCGUCUCUCAAGAGCAGGACGCGUAAACUCCCCACGCAAGCAAACCAGAUGCCCCCAAUUUCCACGAAUAUUAAACCGGCGACCCUGUCGGAAAGGUCAAUAUCAAUUCGUUUUCAAAUAUUCCCUAAUUUAUCAGAUGCUGAAACCGGUCAUUCAAGUUCUUUACACUGUAAUCCUCCCCUUUCUUCUCCAAGUAAAUCGUCCUCAUUAGAUUUAUAUAACCAGACGUAUACACACACAUAUAGAUACAGAUUUUCUUUAACUUUUUGCAUAUUCGAUGGCUCAAUACACUCAACAAUUCCUUAGUAGCGUCCUCUCGCAGCGGGGUCCGGCUGCGCUGCCGUACGCGGAGGAUGUCAAGUGGUUAAUCCGCCAGCAUUUGGUAUCUCUCGCGGAGGCAUACACCUCACUGCAGCCGAAGACAGCCACGUUUACGCACAACGACGGCCGCACUGUCAAUCUUCUCCAGGCCGAUGGAACGGUGCCGAUGCUCUUCCAGGGUGUUACUUACAAUAUUCCGGUUGCUAUCUGGCUCCUGGAGUCAUACCCCCGCCAUGCGCCGCUAGUUUUUGUCAACCCCACCCGUGAUAUGAUCAUCAAACGCCCCCACCCUUUUGUUUCACCCAACGGCGUGGUUUCUAUUCCAUAUAUUCAGAAUUGGGUUUACCCAAGUUCUAAUAUUGUAGAAUUGGCUCGGAAUUUGUGCCACUUUUUUGGCCGGGAUCCGCCCCUCUAUUCGCAGCGCAAGCCCUCGAACCCUAACCCCAGCCCUAAUUAUGCUAAUAAUAAUUUGUCCAGUGUAAAUUCGUCAGUGGGUUCUGCUGUUGCUCGGCCAGCAAUACCUCCUAGGGUCUAUUCGGCUUCACCUACACCAACUCCACCUCCACCUUAUGGGGCUGGGAGUUCUUAUGGUUCGGGAAGGAUAAUAGAGGAUCCAGCUGAGGUUUUUAAAAAAAAUGCUAUAAAUAAACUCAUGGAGAGCUUGAAUGGUGAUAUUAGGGAGUUGAGGAAGACGCGGGAGGCAGAAUUGGAAGGACUCUUUAGUGCUCAAGCAGUGUUGAGGAAGCGUGAGGAGGAAUUAGGAAAAGGAUUGAAAGAAAUGCAGGAUGAAAAGGAGGGGUUGGAACAACAAUUGCAGGUGGUUUUGAUGAAUAGUGACGUGUUGGAAGGAUGGUUGAGGGAUAAUGAGGAGAAAAUGGGAAAUAAUGAAAUUAAUAGUCUGGAUGUGGAUGAGACAUUAGUGCCUUGCGAUGCCCUUUCAAAACAGAUGCUGGAUUGCUCAGCAUCGGAUUUGGUUGUGGAGGAUGUGAUUUACGCACUGGAUAAAGCAGUCCAAGAAGGGGCCAUACCUUUUGAUCAAUACUUGAGGAACGUAAGGCUUUUGUCACGCGAGCAGUUUUUCCAUCGAGCCACAGCUUCGAAAGCCAGGGCUGUUCAGAUGCAAGCUCAGGUUGCCAGUAUGGCUUCCAGGGCAUCACCACAAUAUGCAUUCUGAUGAAAUUAUUUCUAGUCUCCAUAUAAUCUCAUUGUCAUCAGGUGUGCUAUGGAGAGUUAAUUUGAAUAUUAUAUACAGUCUCUAUGUAUACAUUUCAUUUUAGUGUUGCACGGUGGUAGAAAUCAAAAUGUUCUCCAUUGGUUUGUGAGAAUAACAGGUUUAAAUAAAUUCUAAUGUGCUGUUUUUCCUAGAAGUCAUCUUUACUUAAAUUUCUUUAUUUGCAGUCUAAAUUGUAUAAACAUUGAAUAUUUUUAUGGAAUUUGAUAUUUUAUCC